UUUCGUUCAAGUAACCGUCUCCAUCGCGCACCUUGGUUGGUCGUUUUUGGAGCUUCGGAAAUAUUGUCAAUGCCAAUCCGAGGACCAAGCAAGCGGAUAAUUGAUGAUCCGGUUGAAGCUGGGAUUUCACGGUGUAUCACGUGAUGUAUAUCGUCCGGGUUCAAUUUGAGAAGGAGCGAUCAAUGACGAGGCUGAUAGUUGGGAAGGAGCAGACGACAUGUCCGGAGCUAAUUCUAGUUGACUUCUAAGAGAAGAGUGUGAUCGUGAGACUUGGAGUUUUAAUCGUUCAUAUUGUGGGACUUGGUGACCGACCAUUUGUGAGGGAGGGGAAAUUUGUUUAUCCAACUAAAUGAAUUCACAUUGUUAAAACUCAAGGCGGAGGUCUCACAAUAUGGCACCUACCACAACACCAUCAUCCCCAGCAAUGCCUCCAACCCCAACGCCCCCAGAGCCCAUCUCAUCCGCCCCUCCCCCCGGACAAACCAUCCUAUACAACGUCUACCGAAUCUAUAUAACCCAAGGAACCGGCCCUCUCCACCAAGGAAUUGCCCUCGUCCCCGCUCAACUUCCAUCCCAAACUGCAGGCCGCUUCUACCACGUCACAGGCACCGUCGGGCUAGGCAUGGAUUACCAAUGUCGGCCCGCCGAAAAGUUCGGUCUCAACCCAGCGUUUAAAAGCGCCGUUCUGAUGUUCCAGAUGCCGAAGUCCCUGCUGGCGGAGUUCGAGGCUAUCGCGACUAGCGUGCCGCCACCGCAUGAUCCGAGGGUGCUUUUGGAGAGGAACCCGGAGCCGCCAGCUAGGGACUGUGGUGCGUGGGUCACAGAAGUUUUGGAUAGGGCGGGAACACUUUUGAGGGAUAAGGGGGUGGAUUUAUAAGAUUUGGAGCUUGGUCUUGACUAGCGUUUUACUAUGACUUUUAGGACCGCGCGAGUGGGCUUAGUCGCUGUUCUAUAAUAGUCAGGCACGAAUUUUGGCCUUUAAUUAACAUAAGUAGCUGCAUCUUUCCUGCAUCUUCAGGUUUCCUUGCUUCUGGUACGUCGACAUCUCCGUUGAGAACUCUUCCCGUUUGAACGGCACAUCAGUCCUCACGCUUACCAACACCACGACAGAAAUCAAGCUUCACA